UCUCCUCCCUUUCCAAGUUACCAAACGCUUGUCGCAAUCAUCGAGCACACCUUUAUAUGCACGUUCGUCGUUCUGCCAGGGCGUCAACAUGUCUAUCGCUUAUGCUCGUGACCAACGGCCAACUCCUGCGGCGCAGUCGCGGUGAUUCCGCAUAAUUGCAUCUCUCCAGCCUCCCAUAUACCUCCCAAAACUCUGCCAGCGAUUGUUACAUGGCUGUAUUUUCGACGUUCCGGCGAUAUAAGGAGUAUUCACCGCUGUGGAACGGCUUUCAGGGCACGGCCACCAGCCAGCGCUGGCCGUUUGGCAAGAUCUUGAUUAGUCUUUCCGUGCUCGCGAAUAUCUUCUUCCUUUGGAAGUACUUUUAUGGCGCGACGCCAGCAGCGCUGGACAACUAUCAGCAUCUCCAUGGCUACCCACUCCUCGCAUCCGACGUCUCAAUACCUCAAGCGAGCAACGAGAACGCAAUUGUGACAAGCCUCUAUACCGAUGCCUUCGCAGUCGCAGUUGCCACGCUCGGCCACACACUGAACAAAGUGAACAGCUCCGCGAGCCGAAUCAUGAUCUACCUACCCGAAAAGACGUCCCCGCGCGCGGUCUGCAUCGCAUCUGCAACAGGCUGGACACCACAUCCAGUCGCGCGUAUCGCGCCGCCGUACGCGGGCGUGCAUCGCCACUUUGUCGACCAGUACUCGAAACUGCAGCUCUGGACGCUCGGCAAGCUCGGCGUGCGCAGCCUUGUGUACCUCGACGCGGACACGCUCGUCCGGCGCAACUUUGACGAGCUUUUCACGCUCCCGUACUCGUUCGGUGCCGUGCCGGACGUCUUCAUCGACGGGCGCGGAUUCGGCGUCGAGUUCAACGCGGGCGUGCUCUUCCUCCGCCCGUCGAUGGACGUGUUCAACGAUAUGGUCUCCAAGAUCGGUACCGCGACGUACCCUGCGGAGGAUGCGGAGCAGUCGUUCCUCAACUAUUAUUACGGCAAGGAGGCCAUGCGCCUUCCCUAUGCGUACAACGCGAAUCUGGCUAUCAAGAAGCGCUCGCCCGCGCUCUGGGAGGAUCUCAAGACAGAGACGCGCAUCGUGCACUACACGCUCGUGAAGCCGUUCUUGCAGGGCGACUACGCGGAGGUUCCGCUCGAGAAACUAGAAAAGAACAUCCAGAGCAAAAAGGGGAAACAUGGUGGGAUUCUUGCGGAGGAGGUGGAAGACUGGGCGGAGGCGUGGAGGGAGACGCAGGAGCUUUAUGGUGAUGCCUUUGCUGCCUGCCAGGCGAUGUGAAGGCUUCCUGUGCUGGCGUCUUUCGGUGCAUGCGGUCAUUCACGUUUUCCGGAUUACUUGCCACUAACAUGCCUUGUUGCUCAAAGUCAGUCGUCCGAUAAUUUAAUGAUGGCUCGAAGUAUCAUAUAAUCAGCAUCUCACUUGCAGUGGCGACCUGCCCACUGUUGUACUAUAUCCAUAGGCCCAUAUUAAUGCCAUGUACACUGGAUGUCAUACUCAUUCUGUUGACCCCUCGUUUGGUGUCGUAUGUUC